GGACUCAUUUUGCUGCGGCACCAGCGCUAUGGCAGCUCUGUGUUAAAGUGCUGCUUUAAUGGGUGUAGUUUUCUAACGCGUCCCCCACUCCCCACCGGACAGUAAACCGCGACAUUUCUUUACCUGCCAGAACAGGAGCCUUGGAAUUUCUUCGGCCAUGUUUGCCAAAGCUUUCAGAGUUAAAUCCAACACUGCUAUCAAAGGGUCUGAUAGGAGGAAAUUACGAAAUGAUGUCGCAGCAACUUUUCCCACCCUCACAUCUGAACAGCUAUCUGAAGUUGUGCCAAAUAAAGAAGAGCUGAAUAUCAUUAAACUGUAUGCUCACAAAGGAGAUGCUCUCACGGUCUAUGCUAAUGGCAGAAUACCAGUCCUUUUUGAAAUGGAGAAGAGACUGUAUCCAACAGUGUACACCCUGUGGUCUCAUCCUCACCUUCUCCCCGCCUUUUCCACAUGGCCACCUGUGUUGCACAAACUAGCAGGAGGAGCAGAUCUAAUGCUUCCAGGGGUUGUAGUGCCCUCUUAUGGUCUUCCUCAGGUAGAUCGGGGUACUCUCUGUGCCAUCACCUUGGUGGGAAACAGUGCCCCUGUGGCCAUUGGCAUAGCUACCAUGUCCUCUGCAGAGAUGGUGGCAGCUGGAAUGAAAGGAAAAGGCUUCACAGUGCUGCAUACAUAUAUGGAUCACUUAUGGGAGUUUGGUGACAAGUCAUGCCCACCAACAAUAGUCCCCUUAGAAGCAGAGUCUUCAGAGAUGAUGGAUGCUGAAGAGGAGGAGCAAGAGGCUGGAGAAGGGGAAGGCAAAUCACAGGAAAACAGCCACCCUAUUGACCCAUGCCUGCAGACAGGGAUUAGAAAUCUAAGCAUGGAAGAUGCUAUUCAGGAACCUAAUGAAAACGGUGCUGCUGAAACUACUGAAGAGGACAACCUAGAUAUUCCUCAGGAGGUAGAAGACAGUAGGAGUCAACAAGAGCAAAUGGAUGCAUUGCUUCACCAAUGCUUCUUCCACGCCUUAAAAUGUAAAGUGAAGAAGUCGGAGCUCCCUCUACUGACCAGCACCUUUCUCCGCAACUACAUGUUCUCAUGUUGUCCACAAGGUCAACAACUAGACAUAAAGAAAUCAAGCUACAAAAAAUUCUCCAAGUUCCUGCAGUCAAUGCAGCAACAAAAUAUCCUGCAGGUGAAGGAACUGAAUAAGGGAGUAGAGAGCAUUGUCAGUGUGGACUGGAGACAUGAAAGCAUUAGGUCUUUUGUAGUACCUAUUGAAAUAGCAGCAUCUGAAUUGUCUGUCCAGGAUAGCAGAAGUGGUGGUGGAGAACAGCCGUACCACUGUCCUGAAAUCAUACCACUCUAUGGCAUCUCAUCCAAAAUGGCUCCCUUAUUCCAAGAGUCUGGAUAUAAGAAAGGUGACACCCUGUCCAGCAGUGAAGUAAGAAGUGCUGUUAUCAACUACGUGAAGCUUAAUGAGCUGGUUGAUGAAACAAACAAAAACUUUAUAAAGGUGAAUCCCAUCUUGUGUGAUUGUCUGUUGGAAAAAUCUGAGCAAUAUGAAAUUUCAAAGCUCGGAUGGGACAAUCUCCUGAGCAGGUGUCUGGAUCACCUACAGCCCUUCCAUCAGGUGACUUUUUUUGGACAUGACCCCAUCGUGAGGAAAGGAAACAUUGAUCCCAUUGAUAUAAACAUAGCACAAAGAUCGUGCAAUAAAAAGGUAACCAUAAUUAAGAAUCUUGAGCUGUAUGGGCUAGACCCACAGGCUGUUGCCAACUUUCUCCAGCAAAAAGUUCAAGCGAGUGCCACUGUCACCACACUUCCGGGAGCAAAGGACAGAGCACAGGUCCAGGUACAAGGCAAUCAGAUCCACCACCUUGCUAAGCUGCUGGUGGAGGACUACCAGAUACCUCGCAAAUACAUCAAGGGUCUUGAGAAGGCACCAAAGAUGGGCCGGAAGUAGCAGCCAGGUCUGAAGAUCAAAGUCAGAACUUUGUUAUUUAUAAAUAUUUUAUUCAACAGAAAUGACUAAUCCAGCUGCCUUACCUAUAAAAUAAUGGGUUUUAU